GCCCUUACUUUACUGUUUGCGUAGAAAAUGAAGAGUGUGAUUGAGUUUUGCGGACUGGUCCUCACUUGUCUCCUGAGCCUCUCAGAGCCGACUCAGACUCAGAAAGCAGUUUCUCCUCAAGGGACAGACUGCACACAGAUUAAGGCUCUCACACCAAAUGCAACCAGCGGGGUUUAUCUCAUCCAGCCUGCGGGACUGAAAGCUCGUUUCAGGGUUUACUGUGAGAUGCUGCCGGACGGAGGCUGGACGGUGUUUCAGAGGCGAACGGGAGGUGCAGUUUCCUUCAGCCGGAAAUGGGCGGCGUAUGAAAAUGGCUUUGGAAACGUGGCGAGUGACCACUGGCUCGGUCUGAAGAAGGUUUUCUGUCUCACAAAGAAGAAGAACAAGAACUGGAUCAUGAGAGUCGACCUGUGGGACUUUGAGGGCGGCUCCGUUCAUGCGCAGUACAACGACUUCAGACUGGGCAGCAAGACAGAGGAGUUCAAGCUGAAUGUUGGAGGAUACAGCGGAGAUGCAGGUGAUGCAAUCCGUGGUGCAUACCCAGGCAUCGACCAGAACGGCUACGGCUUCAGCACCAUCGACCGCGACAACGACGGCUGCUCGCCCUGUAUCUUCGGUGACAUUGCUGAGAAUGACUGCGCCUUUAGCGAGGGAGGCGGCUGGUGGUUCAGUCGCUGUGGCUCUGCCAAUCUGAAUGGCGACUGGCACCCUGCUGGAGACAACAUCGGCUGGGCAUCGGGUGUGCACUGGCUCACCUGGAAGGGUCCUGCCCCAUAUUCUGCCAAGGCCAGCCGGAUGAUGAUCAAAUCUGUGUGAGAGCCCUCGUUCAAUUCACGCCGCUCUCAUUCAGGCUUCAGAGAGUGUGCAUGUUUUGAAGACGGAAUGAUCUAUAUUUUUCAAAUGUUGGCCUUUAUUAGUUUCAACAAAAUAAUCAAUUCAGCAGCAAAUUGACUUGCCUAUACCAAUAAGUUGCUUAAACAAAAGAAAGAACAGAAAACAUUUUAGCUGCAGGCAAAACUGUGCUUUUUGUUUGGUUUUGUUUUAUUUUCCCUCCCCUUAUUUUGUGCUAUGUACUGUGUUACUUUUAGGCAGUUUUGCUUGGUCACAGAAAACAGUAUUAGCGAUAAGUGUUACCAAAUAAUAACAGCUACUUAUGAAGUAAGAUUCACUUGUGCUACACAGUUUGUAAAGGCUUUGCAGUGCUAUCUCAUGACCAAAAUCACAAAGAAUAUUUCAGCAUGAAACACUGAAUAUGAAGUCUUUUUUCAUUACAUUGUUUUCUCAGCUAAAAAAAAAAUGCAUGUGUGCAAUUUUAUUUAAAAUAUAAGGAAGUGAAAUAUAAAAGUGUUACAGAUAUCCAGUACACAGUAACCUAACAUUUUUCGCUCACUUUUCUUUUGAAUGUUCAAUCAAUAAAAACAAACA